CCGUUUUGGCACAGGGCCACGUGUACAGCGAUGCUCGCCACGAGGAGGCCGAACCCUUUUGCGCGCAGCACGCGCCCUGCGAAGAGGCUCAGAGCAGGUCCCGCCGUCCAGAGCUUCUCUUGCGGAGACGCAGACUUCCAGGCGAUCGUCUCGUUUCUGCUGAGUUCUGGAAUGAUGCACCUCGGCCCCGAUAUGUUGCGGCUCGGGGCAGCGUCGUCACAUUGCCGUGCCGCACAUUGGCCGCUGUGCUGCGGCGGGGACGCUUUUGAGGACAUUGAGUUCUCCCAGACUGUUGCUAUGCGUUUGGUGGGGAGGCUGCAGGUGGUGGCGCGGGCCAGUUCCCGUACUGCUCGUUCCGCAAGCAGCGAGCAGGAUAGCAGAGACGAAGAGGAAGCUCACAGGGCUGCAAUGACCAUAAUUUCGUGCUUCAAUGCUCAGAACCAGAAGCGUCUCGCCGAUGCAGGUGCGCUUCCGGCACUCAGAUCGUUGGCGGCUCGCAGUUUCAGCAGGAGUCAGGCUUCAAGCGCAUGGGCGUUGGCAAAACUAUGCGAUCGUCACUACAACAACGGGUUUCACAGCACGGCGUCGGAUCAUGUUUCUGAUGCUGUUGAGCUUGCGAUUGCGUUGCUCAGGGAAGGUUCUCUCGACGUUCAGGGCAAAGGGGCCCUGCUCGUUGCAGCGUAUUCUGCGAACGUCGACGGCUUCGCAGUUGAUGUGGUUCUCGCCGGGGCGGUGCCCUACCUGGAGAGCCUGCUGCGUGAGAACAGCUGUCCUCACAAGUACGAGGCUCUCGAGGCUAUUCUGCGGCGAGCGAGGGGGGGAAGGCAGAAGGAGAAGGCUUUCUCGGAAGGCGGCAGGACUUCUCAGAAGCCGUCGCGCCUUCUCAGAAGUGCUCUGUGUCGUCGGGGAAGGCGUUGA